UACUUUACGUUUCACGUACGAAGGAGAGCGGCGGAGAAGUGCGAAAAUGAGAAGUUCGGAGGGAGGUUGUGUUCAGGAAGCCGUUACAAACCGAUGACUGAAGCACAACGACGUGCAAAACACAAGUGGUGCGUGCGAACAUUUCCCUGAAGUCACGGUUGUACAGACUGAGAUGUUCCGAAGAUGUUGAGACAAACGCAGGCGGCCACGUGAAACAAAGUUUUAUGAACGAAAUCAUCAUGGCUGCGCAGACAUGAUGAUGAUGAAAACAUGGGGACUGAGAGCUUAGGCGACAGUUUGUUGUUCCUCGGUGACGUAUAAGAAGAUAUAAAGCGAGGAGAGAGAGGCGAUUCGGUGCGUUACAGAGUGACAGAGUGUAGUUUAUCCGCCAGUGACUCAUUUGAUUUGAUUUGGCUCCUUGGCUGUGGCCGUCGCCUCGGCGCGGAGGAGCCGAACUCGUGUCACGCACUUGACGCGUUUCACGGACCAGACCGUCGUCGACCGGACAAAAAGAAGAAGAAGAAGAAGUCGUCUUGAGAGAGAGAGAGAGAGAGUCGUGAUGGGGCGCAGGAAGCAGCAGCGCGAGCUCGGUCGCGCUCAGUGCCGCGGGAAGGAGGCGCGCCGCGAGACGCGGGGAAAGCGCCUGGAGACCUUCACGGAGGAGAUGCACGUGGCUCUGCGAGAGAGCGUCGAGAGGGAAGGCGAGGAGCGAGUCCAGGUGAAGCUGCCCUGUCCUCUGGCCAUGUGGGACCUGGGACACUGUGACCCCAAGCGAUGCACAGGCAGGAAGCUGGUGCGCAAGGGCCUCGUCCACAGCCUGCGCCUCAACCACAGGUUCAACGGCCUCAUCCUGAGCCCCGUGGGCACCAAGUACGUCUCCCCGCAGGACAGAGACAUCGUGGCCCAGAGCGGAGUGGCCGUCAUCGACUGCUCCUGGGCCAAACUGGAGGAGACUCCCUUCAGCAAGAUGCGCGGGAGCCACCCUCGCCUGCUGCCUUACCUGGUGGCGGCGAACCCCGUGAACUACGGCAAGCCCUGCAAGCUCUCCUGCGUGGAGGCCUUCGCCGCCACCUUCUGCAUUGUGGGGUUUCGGGACCUGGCUGUGAUCCUGCUGAGGAAGUUCAAGUGGGGGAAGGUGUUCCUGGACCUGAACGAGACGUUGCUGGAGAGGUACGCUGCCUGUCAGUCGGAGGAGGAGGUGCUGGCUGUGGAGAAGGACUUCCUCAGCAGCAAGCCGGAGGAGGAAGAGGAGGAGAUAGAUCCGUUUGACGUCGACUCCGGAAGAGAGUGUUCAAAUCUCAACAGGCCCAGAUGGGCCGCUCAAGAAGAAGAAAGCGAGGAGAGCGACUGCGAGGAAGAGGGAAGCGACGCGGAGUCGGAUGUGAGCGGUGGGAAGGAGGAAGGGGAAAGACACAAGAGUGAGCGGGAAGAGGAGGAGGAGGAGGAAGAGAAGGCAUCUGCUCCAAGUGCAAAUGCCAUUUGGAAAGGAGCAAAGAGGAGGAUUAGGAACUGAGGACUUGUGGACAACAUUCUCUCUGUACCUGUGGCUACCAGGUGUUGAGAUGAGCUUUGCUGGCACUGUACUUGCUUCGCCUUUUUCUACUGGUCUCCUGUGUCUAUAACGCUGGUCCAGCAAGUGCUGGAGUUGAGCCGCUGCUCACUGAAUUAGGUCUCCUUCGCCCGACUGCAAAGUGAAUAACGGUAAUGUCUGUGUACAGUACACACGGACGCAAGUCAACUCUUCUAGAAAAUUCACAUAAAAAAUUCUAUGAAAACACACUGGUUCUCAAACAUAUGCAAAUGUCUUUGGCACUGACACAACACAGCUUUUUACAUUACUAUCCACCCCAGUGAAGAACAGGCUAAACAUCAAGUGUUACACCUUCAGAAUUUAACUUAGACACAGUUACUGUCGUUACACCAGGAAAUAGGAUACAAGCCGAGAGGUGAAAAAUGCAAAUGCUGGAUCGCUAGCGAAGUGUUGUAGCUCAGGGGUUUUAAACGAAUGACCUGGGUGUGAAGGAGGCUGCUAGUCCAGUUAACUCUUAGCUCAACUGCUGAAGACGAAUGGAGAACCUGCACAUUUCAGCCCUUCAGUUGCAGGGUGAGCAGCUCUGAAUUAGCAAAAGCAGCGUUAUGUCAAUGUUUCAUGUGCUGUCAACUACUGAAACAUGUUAGCUUCAAACAAAACUCUGCACGUGUGUGUGAAAACACACAAGCAUUGUGGCUAUUAGAGAAAUGUAUCUCUAUAAAGCUGCUGUGAGUCUAUCCAGUUACAUGAAGUGCUGAACACUAGUUGUACAAUAAAGGAACAAAGGGCAAA